AAAUGAAAACUAUUAAAAUGUAAUUUAUUAAAUGGUAAUGGAAGUGGAAUGACAAGUAUUGAUGACGCCAAUGGCAAUGGUAGUGGAACGCCCACUAUUUAGUAUCAGCAAUAGCAGCACACAGACGCUUAGAAUCUCAAGACGCAACCAUUAUUUUAAGCCUCACUCUUUCUUCUUCACUACUCCACCAUUUUCUUCACUUGUAUUCCCCAGGAAACGAAGCAGCAAUAACAAGUGUAGUUUGGCAUCUAAAAUGAGCGAUCAUAUGAUUUAUGAGGCUAUACUGGAGGAGGAUGGGAUUUUCAGAUUUGAUUGUUCAGCAAAUGAUAGAGUUGCUGCAAAACCCAGCCUUUCAUUCACUCAUACUAAGGAUAGAGACACCCCUAUCAUGAAUAAUUCUGUUCCUUCAUAUAUUCCUACUUUUGAAUCUCAUUUGGAUCAGCAGAUUGUCAAACUUGAGUUUCCAAAUGGGACCUCCUUCUAUGGAACUGGUGAAGUCAGUGGACCACUUGAGCGCACUGGAAAGAGAGUUUUCACAUGGAACACAGAUGCGUGGGGUUAUGGUCCUGGAACUACAUCCUUGUACCAGUCACAUCCUUGGGUGUUAGUUGUUCUUCCAAAUGGAGAGGCACUCGGGAUUCUUGCGGAUACUACACAGCGUUGUGAGAUUGAUCUGAGGACUGAAUCAAGAAUUAAAUUCAUUGCUCCAGCUUCAUAUCCUGUCAUUACAUUUGGUCCUUUUGCUUCACCUGCAGUUGUUCUAAAGUUUUUAUCUCGUGCAGUAGGAACUGUUUUUAUGCCUCCAAAGUGGGCCUUAGGAUAUCAACAAUGCCGUUGGAGCUAUGAUUCUGCUAAGAGGGUUUCUGAGGUGGCCAAAACAUUUAGGGAGAAGGGCAUACCGUGUGAUGUCAUAUGGAUGGAUAUUGAUUACAUGGAUGGUUUUCGCUGUUUUACAUUUGACAAGGAACGCUUUCCUGAUCCACAAUCUUUGGUGAAAGAUCUCCAUGAUAUUGGUUUUAAAGCAAUUUGGAUGCUCGACCCUGGGAUUAAAUUUGAAGAGGGUUAUCAUGUCUAUGAUAGUGGUUCCAAGAGUGAUGUUUGGAUUCAAGGAGCAGAUGGAAGACCAUUUAUUGGGGAGGUGUGGCCUGGGCCUUGUGUUUUCCCUGACUUCACACAAUUGAAAGUUCGUUCUUGGUGGGCUAGCCUGGUUAAAGAUUUCAUUUCUAAUGGUGUUGAUGGCAUAUGGAAUGACAUGAAUGAGCCAGCUGUUUUCAAGAGCGUAACAAAGACAAUGCCUCAGAGCAAUAUUCAUAGAGGAGAUGGAGAACUUGGAGGUUGUCAGGAUCAUUCAUACUAUCACAAUGUUUAUGGCAUGCUGAUGGCAAGAUCAACAUUUGAGGGCAUGAAAUCAGCUGAUGAAAAUAAGCGUCCCUUUGUUCUUACUAGAGCUGGAUUUAUUGGUAGUCAAAGGUAUGCUGCAACAUGGACAGGAGAUAACCUUUCAAAUUGGGAGCAUAUGCACAUGUCCAUUUCUAUGGUACUUCAAUUGGGACUCAGUGGUCAGCCUCUUUCUGGACCUGAUAUUGGUGGAUUUGCUGGUAAUGCAACACCCAAGCUCUUUGGACGGUGGAUGGGUGUAGGGGCAAUGUUUCCGUUCUGCCGUGGACAUUCUGAAAUGGGUACUUCUGAUCACGAGCCAUGGUCUUUUGGGGAAGAGUGCGAAGAAGUUUGCCGUUUGGCAUUGAAGAGACGCUAUCGGCUCAUACCACACAUAUAUACUCUGUUUUAUGUCGCUCACACAGUGGGCACACCAGUGGCAACUCCUACUUUUUUUGCUGAUUUAAAAGAUCCAAGUUUGAGGAAGAUUGAGACUUCCUUCUUGCUGGGUCCACUUCUAGUAUACGCAAGUACAAAUGCUGAUCAGGGAACCGACAAGUUGCAGCAUGCCCUGCCUAAAGGAAUUUGGUUAAGAUUUGAUUUUGAUGACUCUCAUCCGGAUUUGCCAACUUUAUACUUGCAAGGUGGAUCAAUAAUUCCUUUGGGUCCGCCCCAUCAGCACAUUGGUGAAGCUAGCUUGUCAGAUGAUUUAACUCUCCUAAUAGCGUUAGAUGAAUAUGGGAAAGCUAAAGGUGUACUUUUCGAAGAUGAUGGUGAUGGGUAUGAGUUUACCAAAGGUGGAUAUUUGUUGACACACUAUGUUGCUGAACUUCAAUCUUCUGUUGUUACUGUUAGAGUUUCAGAAAUAGAAGGGUCUUGGAAGAGGCCCAAAAGACGUCUGCAUGUGCAAUUAUUGCUCGGCGGGGGUGCAAUGGUUGAUGCAUGGUGCAUGGAUGGAGAUGAUGUGACAAUCGCGGUACCUUCAGAUCAUGAUGUUUCUAUGUUGGUAUCCACUAGCGAGAAGCAAUAUAAGAGUCGUAUAGAAGGUUCUAAGAAAAUUCCUGAUGUUGAAGUGGCUUCUGGAACUAAGGGAGCCGAACUUUCAAGAACCCCUGUUGAUUUAAAAAGUGGUGAUUGGGCUGUUAAAAUAGUCCCCUGGAUCGGCGGUAGAAUUAUUUCCAUGGAGCACCUUCCUUCAGGAACCCAAUGGCUUCAUAGCAGAAUUGAUAUCGAUGGAUAUGAAGAAUACAGUGGUACGGAGUAUCGGUCUGCAGGAUGCACAGAGGAAUACAAUGUUCUUGAGCGGGAUCUUGAGCAUGCAGGAGAGGAGGAAUUGCUUGCUUUAGAAGGUGAUAUUGGUGGAGGAUUGGUUCUUCGGAGAAAUAUAGUCAUUCCAAAUGAUAAUCCAAAGAUACUCCGAAUUGACUCUACCAUUGUAGCCCAAAAUGUUGGAGCUGGUUCUGGUGGAUUUUCCAGGCUGGUCUGCCUUAGAAUACAUCCAACUUUUACUCUUUUGCACCCAACAGAAAGUUUCAUCUCAUUCACUUCUAUCGACGGUUUAAAGCAUGAAAUUUGGCCCGAGUCUGGGGAUAUGUUUUAUGAAGGAAAUCUUCUGCCUAAUGGAGAAUGGAUGCUUGUUGAUAAAUCUGCGGGCGUUGUAUUAGUUAAUAGAUUUAACACUGAAGAAGUGUACAAAUGUUACAUUCAUUGGGGAACUGGAACAUUGAACCUCGAGCUGUGGUCGGAAGACCGGCCUGUUUCAAGGGAUUCGCCUCUCAGAAUUUCCCAUGAGUACGAGGUUAGAGGAAUCUCGUAAUUACUACAAGUAUAAAACUCUCUAAUUGCAUCGUCUCCCAUUCCAAGGACUUCAUGUUUGUGCUGUUUAUGUUCAACUUUCAUAUUAACUAGCAUUUUUCCCCUCCUGUGUUUGCAAGGUUGCUCUUAUUACUUUCUAUUUUGUUAUUAGUUUAUAGAGGAAGGUACAUCAUUCAAGAAUUAUAUACAAAAGUAUCGUAAACUCUUACUA